AUCUAAACGUUGUGUGGAAUCUUGGAGAUAUUUUGUCUACCAAUAUGGCCCCAUGAGAAAUUUCUCCUUUAAAUUUUAGCCUCAAUGGAAUUAAACAAUUCACACCAACGAGUAACACAUGAUGAUUAAGUUCCAAGAAACUUAAUUAAAUUCCUUAAUCCUCUCUUAUUUAUUUGCUCUAUCCAACCCUCUUUUCCCCAUCUCAACUAGAUCACCAAUUACAUAUUUCCCAAAGUAUUGUGAAACCCUUUAGACUUAGAAAUGGGAAAGAACCAACUAAACCACCAAAACACUCAGUCCCAAAGCCAAAGGGUACGUGAAAUUUUUUUCAACGCAGUGAAUAUGAGUUCAACUUUUCGAUCAUUUCGCCACGUUUCUUCGGAGAGUCCCAAAUUUGCUACAACUAAUUAUUCAGCUACUACGAAGCCAAAAAUAGAUCACAGGAAUUAUACAGCUAAAUCAACUAUAUCCAAACCAGUUGCUCUUGCUCAAAAUGGGUCCACCUUUUCCCUUGAGUUGAAUUGCCAGAAAAAUCCAUCGCAAGCGAAACAAAACUUGUCCACUGCCUCUAACAUGGUACUCGUAGAAUACAAUCACAUUUCAGGAGACAGUGCCACACCAAAGUUCAAAACUGAAUCUGUGAAAGCUGUGAACAAGUGGCGUCAGCAGAAUGAAGAUCCUUAUAUCGGUGAACCUCAAGUGAACAAGUCCCCUGCGAAGAACAUGUUCACUGUAGUUCAUCAUGAGAUAAAUGAAGGUCCUAAAGAUGACAAUGUGAGGUUUUCUAAUUAUAUUGAUCACGUCAAAAACAAGAUGAGAAUUAUGUCUAGUUUUGAUGAUGAUAAACUCUCUCACCGCUAUAUUAUUGACCGCUCCAAGUUCAACACUAAUUAGAACAAUAAACAACUAUUGCUGCCUGUGGUGGGGAACAAUUAAGGAUCUGCUACUUGAACAAUCUUUAAUUUGCAGAAUUAUAUACGUAUAAUUUUCCAUGCCUUAAUUAAAUAAAAGAGAAUUUGUUGGGAGCUAUAUAUAUUGAUUAUUAUUAUAGAUUUAUGUUUGAAUUAGAAAAUAUUUGAAUGUUGGAAAAAGGAAAGAGGCUUUUAGUCUUUGGUGUAUUAGAAUGAUUACUUUGUUGUGCUAAUUAAUGAGACAUAUGUAUACUUUAUCAUCUUAAAGGACUUUUGGUGGAGUACUCA